UAUCAGAAGAGAAAUUAGAAGAAGCUAAGCUAGUCAAAAUUGGUAUCGAAAGAUGAAGAUCAAGUUGAAUAGCUGGCUGGCCAAACAGCAUGAACAGAAGAAGUCGGCUGCGGCGGCGGCCAACAGCGUCAGCAGACGAGAAAUGUUCACUUGGUUCCUUAUCUUCUUCAGCUUCUACACCAUGUGUCGAGAAUGGGAUACUCUCCCUUCCUUGCAUAUAAUGUGGUCUCCUGGAGUACUAAUUGAUAUGGCCAAUGCAGACCAAGAAAUCGUGAGAAAUCGAAAGAUUUCCGGUACCGUAAAUUCUACAAGUGCCUCAAUGUUGGACGAAUCGAAUAAUGCUAGGACGUUGCAACCAAACAACAAAAUAAAAUGCAACAAGGGUGAAGCAUCAGACUUAUGCAACAUGGUAGGGGACAUUAGGAUCGACCCUGAUGCAACAACUGUUUACUACGUUAUCCCACCAAAGACAGACGUAAUCCUCAUCGCCGGCGACGACACCGACAACACUACUACUACUACAACAUCGUCGUCAUGGACCAUAAAGCCUUACGCAAGAACCGACGAUGCGUCGGCCAUGGCGCUAGUAUCAGAAUGGUCAGUCAAAAUGGUGUCGCCAGCUGGAAACGAUCACCAACAUUUGCCAAACUGUACUCAUGUUCAUGAUCCCCCUGGAGUCUUCUUUUCUCUCGGAGGAUAUUCUGGAAACCAUUAUCAUGGUUUCACCGAUGUUCUCAUCCCACUCUUCGUCACAUCUCGCCCUUUCGACCGCCAAGUCGAGCUCUUGGUAAUCGACAGCCAGCCUUGGAUGGUGAACAAGGUCAAAAAGAUAAUGCAAGCCCUAUCGAGGUACGACGAGGUAGAUAUCGACAGGUCAUCAAAACAAGAUGGCAAAAUCCACUGCUUCUCCAGGCUAGUAAUGGGUCUAAAAGGCCGGGGGAAAAAAGAGUUAGGUAUCAGCCCGUUAGAGACCGAUUACACGAUGAAAGACUUCAGACAGUUCCUGAGAAGUGCCUACUCAUUGAGCAAGACAACAGCAAUCAAGUUGCGAACCGACGAUGACGACGAGGGGGACAAGAAGAAUCUAAUGAUGAACAAUCCUCAACUCCUCAUCAUUUCCCGGAAGGGUUCUCGAGCUUUCACCAACGUGAAUGAGAUAGCGGGAAUGGCUACCAAACUAGGGUACGACGUAAAAGUGGUGGAACCUGACGACAAGACCAUGUCGCAGUCGGCAGAGAUGAUGAAUUCUUGUGACGUGGUGGUGGGAGUUCACGGUGCCGGGUUGACUAACAUGGUGUUCCUCCCGGACAAUGCGGUCGUGGUCCAGGUGAUUCCGCUGGCUUUGGAUUGGUCGGCAAAGAUAUACUACGAGGAGCCGACGAAGGAGAUGAAUUUGAGGUAUCUACAGUACAAGAUUAAGAAAGAAGAGAGCAGUUUGAUGGGGCGAUACUCGCCUGAUCAUGUGGUGUUUACUACACCUUGGUCGUUCAAGUGGGAGGAGUUCAGGUCCAUUUACAUGCAGAACCAAAAUGUGACAGUGGACCUUAGAAGGUUCAGACCAACGUUGGUGAAAGCUCUAGAACUUUUGCAUCAUUGAUCUCUAUAGGUUCAAUGCGUUCAUAAAAAAGAAAAAUCUCCAGUUUCAAACAGAGUUUUCUGCCCAAAGGGUGAGCACAAAUGAGUUUUCUUUCUAUAUGAAUGGUGUAUUGCACUUGUAUCUCUCCAAGGAAAUAAAACUGUAAACCUCUUCCAGUGUUACCCCGGAGAUGAAUGCAAGCCUAACUACGGAGGUCUUCCCUGAUGAGAUCCGUAGAACGGUCUUUGCUAUGAGUUCAAAGAAGGUGUCGGGACUUGAUGGUUUCACGGGUAAAUUCUUUAAAGCCUAUUGGGAGAUUGUUGGGGACUCAAUUAUUGCAGCGGUCUGCUCGUUCUUUGAAACAAGUAGGAUGCUUCGUAGCUUCAAUCACACCUGACUAACGUUGAUCCCAAAAGUGGACAAGGUGGAAUCCAUGCGGCAACUUCGCCCCAUUAGUAUAUACCAAUUUGUGUACAAAGUGAUCACCAAAAUUAUGGCGGAGAGCCUUGCGAGACUGCUGCCCCUAAUCAUCCCGGAAGGCAAAAUGCCUUUAUCCGUGAAAGACAGAUUGUGGAAAAUAUCCUCCUUGGGCAUGAGUUAAUGCACUAUUUGAAAAUCAAAACCCGUGGAAAGAAGGGAUACAUGGCUCUAAAGGUUGACAUGGAAAAGUCCUAUGAUAGAGUUGAAUGGUCAUUUGUUCUCGCGGUUUUGGAAAAGAUAGGUUUUAACUCUGUCUGGAGAGGAUAGGUGCAGGAAUGUUUACAAUCAGCAACGUUCUCGGUUCUCAUGAACGGUUCUCCUUCUGGUUUCUUUGCGCCUUCCAGGGGUCUCCGUCAGGGGGAUCCUCUUUCUCCUCUGCUCUUUGUGCUUUGUACGGAGGGGUUCGCAGCCCUACUUCGCAAGGCCAUUUCCGAUAAGAGGCUAGAGGGGUCAAAGUAGCUCUGCGGGCUCCCCGGAUAUCUCAUUUGUUCUUUCCUGAUGAUUCUUAUUUAUUCCUCCUUGGAUCUCUCCAGGAUUGUGAGAAUCUGAUAGAAGUUCUUAAUGAAUAUGAGGAGCUUAGUGGCCAAAAAGUAAAUCUGGAUAAAUCGG